AUGGAGUCUGUGGAUCGCAGACUCUGUUGGAACAACAAGCCUCGCCAUGAGUGCAUUCAGACUGCCAUGAAGUCGGCCUUUGCCCACCUCACCGGUGGCCCCACCGGAUCCCCGGCCCCCAAGUACAUCAAGCAUGACGUCAAGUCGCGGUCCGAUGAGCUCGCUGGCGUACGCCCCGGGAGGAACAUUGAAGAUGUCGAGCGCGAGGCGAUUGAUCACUUGUUCACCGGCGGCAAAAAGAACCGCUCACAGCCUUCGGGACACUGGUCAUCGCGUCUCAGCGGCUACCUACAUGGCAGGCGGCAGACUUCAAUCGGCGUCACUCCUGAGUCUGUCUGGCAUGCGACCACAUCAACCGGAGAGCACCCAGAAACCACCACCGCCGCAUCCAAGUCCCAUACGCGAUCCGCGUCACAGGCAUCCGAGCUGAAAGGGUACAGCCCUGACGAAUUCGAUGACCCAAAUCCCCCACGGAAACCCUUCUCCAAGAAGUACAGUGAUCUCGACAAGUAUACAGCUGUGACUUGGAAUGAGCCUGAUGGCCUGCAAAAGCCCAACUCGGAAGAAAAGUCCAAACAGUACAAGGACUUGGACAAGUACGCCUCGCCCGAUACUUCGAAAGAAACCGCUCCCGCCGCAGCGUCUGAGCAGAAAUACGAUGACCUGAAAAAGUACAAGCCUGUGGAAUGGAACGAGCCAGCUGGCCUUCCUAAACAGUCUCCAGAGGAGUUGUCCAAGAACUAUAAUGAUUUACACAAGUAUGGCCCCGUUACUUGGAAUGAGCCUGAUGGACUGCGCGAUCUCACCACCGAGGAACUCUCCAAGAGAUAUGAUGAUCUCAACCAGUACCGCCCUGUGACAUGGAAUGAACCUGAUGGCCUGCGAAAACCUACUCCCGAAGAACAGUCCAAGAAAUAUGAUGAUCUAGACUCUUACAAGACUGGUUUUGUAGCUCCUGAUGCCGCCCUCAAGGCCCACCAGGUGAAGCAGCAAGACCCAACCUCUAAAGCGGAACCAGUCCCCGCCAAAGUGGCAGUCCCUGCGGAGGACCCUGCCAAAGAAUACAGUGAUUUGCAUAAAUAUGGACCCGUAAAGUGGAACGAGCCUGAUGGUCUUCGAAAACCGACGCCAGAAGAGUUGUCCAAGAACUACAAGGAUUUGCACAAGUACUCUCAGUAUCCUAAUGCCGGACCCGCAACUCCACGGAUGCACCCUGAACAGGCUUCAAAACAAUAUAGUGACUUGGCAAAGUAUGAUUCGUUCCCCAACGAUGGCGUUACGACGGAGCGUGUUCAUCCCGAGCUGGUUUCCAAGCAGUACGAGGACCUACCAACGUACGUCUCGGCUGGCCACGAGCAGUCUGAUAAAAUAAAGCAUGCUCACCCCGAGGAGCUCACCAAGAACUACGCAGACCUGGACAAGUACAAACCUCAAUCAUUCGAUUCGCCAUCCAUUUCCUACCCGACACAUCCUGAGGAAGCCUCCAAGGCUUACUCCGACUUGAAGUCAUACAAGCCGAUCGAGCACAAUGAACCAAAUGGUCAGCCAAGUGAGAAACUCGAUCCCACAGCAAGCAGCCUCAGCGCUUAUGACAGUUCAGGGGAGUCCUAUUUUGAACCAAGGACCGCAGAUGAGAUUCGUGGUGAUGUCCUCCGAAGGGCAUACCGAAACCGCAAACACACGAUGCUCCAACGAGCCAAAUUUCAGCAGGAGAAAUCCCGAGACUCCAGUGGCAAAGACACAGAGGAGACUACUGGUCGUCCCGGGCGGAAAGCCGACGGUGCCAAAAUGACGGGAAAUUAUGCCAAGGACUUCCCGGAUGAAUUCGCCACCUCUUGGAAUACAUCGAACUCGUGGUCGAAAACGACUUUGUUCCCAAAGAACCUAGCCGCCAAGACGCAGACUAGCAAAGCUGCAGGAGCUAGCGUUUAUGGCUCUGAAAAGGAGGAGGCUGAAGUGUCGUCUCUGGAUGAAAGCUUUCCAAUUGAGUCGGCAAAGCUACAACCGGCGCUGGAUAGGAACACCAUCAAGCGAGCUACGCCAACGGCGACGUCUCCUCUAGAGAAAAUGAAGGCAGAAGAGGAUCCCUACUCGAGGGCUCCUCAAGGUUUGGAGACUAGCUGGGACGAAGAGUGUGGUAGCAAAGCCACUGGGCCAACAUUUGUGCGACACCACAAAGGCAAGGCAAAUAAGACUCAGUUUGCUGCAACAGAAACGGGUACCGAGAGGCCGCCUGUUAUGUACAAGUCGCUUGCGUUCGACCCUGUCAGUCAGACCAUGAGCAUUGCCGAAACGUCGUCUGGCGUCAUUGAGACUGCGAGCCCUGCUACGCCCGCAGAAAUUUUGCUCCGGGUCUCGAACGCGUCCAAGUUUUUUCCCUACUUCAGCGCGCUGCGGGCAGAAGGCUAUGAAAUGGCAUCAGGUGGCGGCGAUGUCCUCGUAUUCCGCAAGGUUCGGCCAGGGCCGUCAUUUGCGGAAAACCAGGGCGCUACCGUUAACCCUAUCGACAUGAUGGGCCGGUCGGCCGCAAGCAGCUUUGCCAGCCCAACUGGUUUUGUCAACUACGAGUCGCCUCAGUACCGCCCCGCGACGGCCGGACAAGGACCGGAACUCAAGAUUGCAAAGAAGAGAAGCCUUGGCCGCAAGGUGGUGAUUGGCACCGCCUGGGUGGCGGGCACAGCCUAUGCUGUCAGCGUCAUGGGAGAGUAUUUUUCCACCGGUGGCAAGGUAUUCUAG